AUGUUUCGACGAAAUAAUUCCAGAAUUGAACAUCGUGGAGCACUACGCCGGAGAAAAUCGACUGGUUCUGUGGCCAUAAAUCAUCAUAACCGCGGCUUUGCCAACCUCGAACUGCACCCGGCUCACAGAGAUGCUCAUAUUGCAGCACGAGUCUCUUUUACAAAAGCACGAGAAGAGUCCGAUAGAUCCAGCUCUACAGGUAUUCCAGGCUCACUCUCUACGUAUGGAUUGGCCAGAAGCGACAGCUUCAUGAAAGGACCGGACAUCAUAUCUUACAACGGGGAUAAGAGCGAGGCUACCACAAGCAAAGCAUACAGCAGUCUGUGCCGGCAGAGAAGCGUACGGUUUACUGGCCCCACUGCAAGGAAGAAACGAGAUGUGGCUAUUCGUGCAAAUGGAAGUUGGGCAGAACAUUCAGAUAUAUCCGGACGCAUGCACUCGAGUGCAUUUGGUGGCCGCCUGCCGAAGAGCUCGCCCCUGGCUGGCCACGCUUAUGACGACUUCUGGCUCGACCGCUCCCUCGAUUUAGAAUCCAAGAACGGAGAGACCGUAUGCGAGUCUGAGCAAUCAUUCUACCCGGUUCGGAGACAAAAAUUACGAAAAUCACGAUCCAUGUUUAAUGGAUCAUUCAUGUCAUCAGAGUGCCAUUCGGAGACUGCAGCGACUGCGUCAAGUGGCUGGAACGGCCACGACCCAAGCAAGCAUGCCGUUAUUGGUACGGGAAAAAGCUCACUGAGGAGUCCAAAGUCGAUGAGCUUUCUGCGAUUGAACUCGAGCAGGGGCCCAUCCAUACGACAAAACGAAAGUGGCAUCUCUACAUCACCCAGCAAGAUGUCCCUACGAGGUAGCCUGCGACUGAAGAAUCGCCCAUCGGUGUUUCUUCGCUCAAAGGAUAAGCGAAACAUGAGCUUGUCAGACAUGAAAACAUCAAUGAGAAACAGUAGCAAUAAUAGCAUGCCUAUUACUUCAACAAUUCCCUCCGAGGCCUCGUCGCUGUCAAAGGGCUCUGGUCUCCGAAAGGCCGCCAGAAAAGUUUCCAAAAGUGUCAGAAGCAAACUCAAAGAUAUUUUUGGUCGAUCGAAAAAGCUGGAGGAUUCCGAAAAUACUAACAAUACGGAGCCCAGCAGCGUUGACCACUCUAGGCUUUCACUUCAAGGAGAGACUUCGGUGUCGCGAGUCAAAUCAUAUGUACCAUCAUUGAGAUCCGUUGCAUCAGAACACUGCUUGCAGGCUUGCCAGGGAAGUCUUGAAAUGCUGGAAGACGGACCGCAACAGACGGAUGGAGAAAAAUCACGAGUCACCAGCUGGACGAAUUCGAGUACCCACACAGUGGUAAGCACCACCCUAGAUGCGGAAUGGGAGCCCCAGCGUCUUUCUGUAAUUGACGAAGGUGGACAUGCCGUAUCGACUCUGGAGCGUUGGCGCUCGUCCGAGGAUGAGGAGCGUGCUUACUCUGCUCUUGUGCAGAGGCUUGACGAUAUGCAGAAGCAGCAGAACCGUGAAGCAUCCUUGCGCGGUGGAAGAUUAAACGACAAUUUUGGAGGCGGUAUUGGGCAGUCUACUGCUGGUAUAGAUGCCACCAUUAGCGUUAUAACUUCAAAUGGGGUGACGCAGGGAGAACCAGAACACAACUACAAUGAGGGAGCCAUACCAAACGAGUACGACUUGGAAACAGGUCCAUUUUUCAGUGCAACGAACAGUGAAGGGACAAGCCCUACUGGUCACCUUUUCCGGGCUCAAAGUCCAUACCGAAGAGCCUUGCGCAAGAGCAUGAGAAUACAAGAGCGCUCCUCAAGCAUCAAACCUGUCAACCUGCGAUACUUGAGCUCGCUGUCAGCGCUCAGUCUUCCCACUCGCCGAUCGAGUCCGGAAGGAUCGGAACGGGAUAUUCGCCUGUCAUCUGCGGAAAGUGUCUACUCGGACGUCUCAGCUACUCUGGGAAAGUUGGGGAACUCGGAGUCUCCAUUUGACAUGGGUGAGUUUGACACUGUCAUGUUGAGCUCACCGCACAAUCAGGAACGAGAAGCGAUCAUCAAGGACACGUCGGAAAGGUCUCAUCAACGAGAAGUGUCUACUGCGAGCUCAGUGGAAUGGAAGACUUGGCUAAGCGCCAAAGUGUCGAAACUGGAAGACUGCGGUGAAGUCCCCAAGGUUCUCGGCGAAGAGCAAACGUGGAAUCCUUGGUCAGCCAUGGGCCACGUUCGAGAAAAUGCAGAAAUUGGCCCCAACAGCAACACGUCGGAUACAAGUGAUGCCGAGAACGGAAGUAUUGAUGGCAGCCGGAGCGAAGAAUUGGACAUUACGGCUCCACCAGCUACACAGAGCAUUGUCAUUGAAGAUGACGUUGUGUAUCAUAGUCACCGAAUGCUCACGCACGAUGAAAAUGCGCCACCAGAGUGCAAGACAAAGAAGGUCGAGGACUUUGAACAGCACUCCAAAGCAAUACGCAGCGUUUCAUCGCUUCCCAAUGUCAACUUGAGUGAGGGGUACGAGACAAGAUGCAGAAAGAGCAUCACGCCUCAAAAGCCAAAAGGUAGUCCGUCGGCUCUUGCGGAUUCUCUAAGCCGACCCAAAAAGGCGUACAUGAAUUCCGGCGCAGCGUCGUCGCUCAAGUCCAGUCCCGGUCUGAGUGCUGCAGUCAGACGGCAAUUUGGAACAGUGGCCACAGGAUCGCCUGGACGGCGAAGCAUUCGCGGUGGAGAAGACGUGUCGCAGAGUAGAGUGGUACGAGAGGCGACGUCUUUUGAUGACUGCCGGUUUGGGAGAGGAUUGGAUGCGCAAGCCAUGGGCAGUAAGCGAAUGGUUGAGCUUUUUUUGAACAGCCGAAAGACUAGGCGAACACCAGAUGCAGAUGCAGACUGGCCUGGGGCGUUUGUCUAA